CACGCAUGCGCAUUAAGUGGGCGGAUGUAAUGAUUUCGAUGGGAAGAAAUAAUAUUCAGCAUCGAAGGAAUAACAACUGAAAUCAUCCCGUCCUGCAGCAUGCACCUAUGUGAAUGUGGAGAAUGACCAGCAAUGUCCAAGGGGUAGCAGCAGGGUAACACUGCAUGAGGCGGUGCCCCCUGAAGGAGCCCAAAACACUGCUCUUCAAAUGGAACACAUCCAACCUUCAGGUGACCGUGCAGGAUGUACCACUCUGGAACAUCAAGCCUCUCCCCACCUGCCAGCACAUGAAAAUAUUUCUACUUCUGACCAUCGAAGAGAAUGGAAAACCAUUUUCCAGAUCAGCCCUCAUACAUCCUCCUGAUGGCCUAACAACUGAAUGACAUGUCGAUGCUGAGUAUGAUCCAUUUCAAUCAUUUGAGGAAGCUCUCCCUGAUAUAGGGGAUUGGAUGUACAAUGACGGACAUACGUUUAAUGAAGGAUUUGAAGAUGGUUUGAGUGAGGAGUGUGCAGAAGAGUCCAAUUUCAAGGACACAACAGACAAACCAAUACAUGACAAUGCAUCAGAAACCAUGGCAGAGUGCCUUCUGAUCAGCAUGGGUUAUGUAAACUGUCCUAAAGUCACAGGUAAGGCCCUAAGCCAUAUGCUCAAAAUGUUCAAGUUGCUUUAUCCCGAUAGUCAAUCAAUCAAUGUUUAUUUAUAUAGCCCCAAAUCACAAAUGUCUCAAAGGACUGCACAAAUCAUUACGACUACAACAUCCUCGGAAGAACCCACAAAAGGGCAAGGAAAACUCACACCCAGUGGGCAGGGAGAAUUCACAUCCGGUGGGACGCCAGUGACAAUGCUGACUAUGAGAAACCUUGGAGAGGACCUCAGAUGUGGGCAACCCCCCCCCUCUAGGGGACCGAAAGCAAUGGAUGUCGAGCGGGUCUAACAUGAUACUGUGAAAGUUCAAUCCAUAGUGGCUCCAAGACAGCAGUGAGAGUCCCGUCCACAGGAAACCAUCUCAAGCGGAUCAGCAGCGUAGAGAUGUCCCCAACCGAUACAGGCGAGCGGUCCUUUCUUGUAUUCGGACCAAGAAAGCGUCAAUUUCCCCAUUAAUUUGAGCAAGGAUGAAAGAUUUGUGGAUUAGGAAAGUUAAAGUGAGGCACUAAAAAAAAAAGAAAAAUCGACGGCUCCGGGUGUCGGCAAAGGGAGCAUUUCAGAUGUAAUUGGACACAUUUACUAGGAUAAUUCUGGGAAAUCCCUAAUCUGUUUAUCGUGUUAAUAGUGUUUUAGUGAGAUUAGUCAUACCUGAAAGUCGGAAGGCUGCGGUGAACGCCAGUGUCUCAGAGAGAAGCCAAUGAAGAGCCAAGAUCACAGCUGCCUUUUUGACAGCUACAGGAGAAGGUCCCACAAUCCACUGAAGUCUCCGGUAAGAGCCGACAAUUUUCCCAUCCAAAAACUUGCUGGUUGACAUAGAGAAAAAUGUUCGCUUGACCACUGUGUUAAAGCUUCCCAACAAACAAACACCGGCUGUGCCUCGGUGAUAAAGGCAGCUGCAAUCCACCAACAGCAUUCUUCUUUGACGUCUCCAUUAUUAAUUGAACAAAUUGCAAAAGAUUCAGCAACACAGAUGUCCAAAUUACAGCACAAAAUCCAAUUUUAUAGCAAUAUAUUAACAAAAAUCAACCCUCUUUUUUUUUUUUUAAUAUGCCAUUUAUAAUUUAAAAAAAAUGUUCUAAUUUUGUUUUUUCAUUUGCGUUUCAAAAUUGGAAAUAUAAUGAACGGAAGGUACACGGACUGGUGUUUGUUUUGCGCCUUACAAUUUAUUUUUGUGAAUGAAAAUUGAAAAACAAAACAACAAAUAUUUCACUAUAAUUCUGAUAAAAAACAAAACGUUCUUAUUUUGUAGUGUUGAGGAGCAAUACAUUAAAAAAAUAAAAAAGGUUUUAAAUGUUAUAUUUCAUACAACAAAAAUGAAAUCACAAGUCAUAAAAAAAAGACCAUAUUCUGAAACAAAUACCGGAAGUUGUUAUUUUUAGACAUGACUGGCCUGUAUACGAAAAACAAUGUUAUACCAGGGUUUAUAUACAAAAACAUAUAAACCGCAUUGGCCAGAUGAUCAGUAUGUUUUCAUAUAUGUAUGUGUGUAUAUAAGUAUAGGUUAAAUGGCAACAAUAAAUUGUCCUAAACUGUGUUGUCCGCCCAAAUGCAGCUUGGAUAUAAACCAACGUUUUUUUAUUUUGUUUUUGCAAUUUCUAUUAAGGAAAAGAUACACACAAAAAAAAUAAAAAAAUACACUAAAAAGACCCAAAAAAUAUUUUUUUUUCCGUUGAAUUCUUUAUUAAAAUUCGAUAUGUGGUUUCGUAUAUGCUCUUCAAAACACAAAUAAAACAGCGUGGACAAUUGCUGUCAAUGUUAAUUCACUAGAUGGCGGUCGUGUGCGCCACUAUCGAAACAGGAAAGAUGAAGAAGAAGUCAUGAGAACCGGAAGUAGAAAAAAAUAAAAGUCGACCACUAAAAGACGCCCAAAGAAGAUCUGAAAAGAACAACAGCACAUAAACUCAGCUUAAUGAAGAUCUUUUCUCUUCAACGUGGGUUUUAAGACAAUCACCUUUGUGCACGCCCUGGUAAAAAGAUCCUGCAAUGCCAUGGGCGUCCACGGUCUUACGACCUUUGUGGAGGGGAACCGACUCUUCCUUCUCGACGUGCGAUUCAGAGACAGCCGCCUGGUCAUCGACGGCAGCAGUCUGUACUUCAACCUGUAUUUGAAACACGGCUUGGACCGGCAGCACGGAGGAGACUACGACGCCUUUGCCUGCGUGCUCUGUCAGUUCCUCUCAGCCCUGGAGGCCAGCAACAUCCAGCCUUACGUGGUUCUGGAUGGAGGGACAGACCCCAGCUACAAGAAGAUGGACACUCUGCAGCAGCGUCUGCAGUCCAAGAUAAAGGAAGCGGAGCACAUGUCCCAGGGCCGCAAUGGCUCCGUACUCCCCAUCCUGACCAGGGAGGUCUUCAUUCAGGUCCUCCGUCAUAGGGGGGUGCCCCUGGUCCAGUGUCCUGCUGAGGCCGACUGGGAGAUCGCCUGCUUGGCCCACCAGUGGAAGUGUCCGGUUCUGAGCAACGACAGUGAUUUUUUUAUUUUUGACCUGCCAGGUGGAUACAUGCCACUCAACUUUUUCCAGUGGACCAACCUGAGCGGGAAAGCGUCCCAGCGCUACAUUCCAGCCCGGUGCUACAACACGAGCGUCCUGUGCCGGUGCUACGGCGGUCUGAGUGCGGAUUUACUGCCGCUCUGCGCUGUUCUCAGCGGCAACGACUACGCCACCCCGAGAGAUGCCGACGCCCUCCUGGCGCUCAUCCACGCCAGCGUGUUGGGGAGGAAUGGCGGCAGAGGGAAAAGUAAAGCCCCGCCGUCCCGCAUCGACGUCUUGCUCCGCUGGCUGGCGUCGUUUGCCAGUUCCGCCGAGGCCUUGGCGGAGGUGAGCAGGCUCAUGGGUGCAGGCGGGCUGAGUUCACAGCUGCAGGCGGGCAUGCAGGAGUACCACGUCCGCCCUCAAAGCCCCCUGGCCGGCUGGUUUGCCCAACACGAGGCGGCACCGGGAGGGCAGAAGUCGCCAUUACCCGAGCGGCUGUUGCACGCGGCGGCUCAGGGGCUUUUAGCGCCCCUUGUGGUCGACGCUGUGGUCACACGCCGAGUGCUGCUCAACCCGCAGGUGGAGAACAGCAAGCAGCCCAGCAGCCACUGCAGCGCCAGAGCCAUACGCCAAGCCAUAUAUGGCAUACUACUGCUCCGGGGGGGUUCUGUUCCAGGGGGCAAAGGGCCCGGGAGAGUUCUACCCACGCCAAAGGAAGGAUGUGACAUCGAUCAAGCCCACGGCCCGCCAACACACCUGUCCAGCGCGCCCGUGUUUGUGGAGGAGUUGGAUCGACUUAACCUCGGCUUGAAGAAAAACCGAGUGCAGGCUCUGCUGCUGAACUCACAUCUACACCUGGACACACUGACCCAGCAGCCCGCCAAAGUCCGCCUCAAUGUCCUUUACGAGGUCUUGCGGGUCAACCAGUCUGUUGUGGCUAACGUCCCUCCACAUUUGAGGCUGGCGGUUGCAGUAACGAGCUUCUGGCUCCAGGAGGCCGUGCCCAAGCCUUCACAACCCCAGAUCCAGGCCUUGAUCCUUGGCAUGGUCUAUGGAGAGUUGGUCUCCAUAGACCAGAAUGGAGCCACUCACCAUCAACAAUCCGUCCCUCAGCUCAACUGGUCUGCAGAGCGCGCCGUCCUGGGUUGUCUGGACCAACACCGGGUGAAGUCCUCCAGACAAGGCAUGCCGGUCGCAGCGGCUCACAGUUUCAGCCAAUGGCAGGCCUGCAUGUGGAGUGCAGCGUGUCUGAAUCAACUCUUACUGCUGCCUUUGCCUGAGCUGCGCCUCGCCUAUUUGUUCAGCGGCACCAUGGCUCACGGCCUCCUCGGCUACCUGAAAGCGGGCGGAGCGGCCGAGGUCCUCCUGCCCGAGUCCUCCUUUUCCGGGCACCUCUACACGACACUUUUACACGGCGUGAGAAACUGCGGCUCCAAGGCGCGCGCUCCUUCGGCGGGACCGGGGCGAGGGCGAGGCCGAGGCGCAGCGCCAGGAAGAAGAGGGAGAGGCGCGGCGGCGCCAAGGAGAGCGAGAGGCCGGCGAGGGAACGAAGAGGUCAGGAACAGGUUUGCAGUUUUAGACAUCAGCGAGUAAUGCUCAUACACGACGUGACCAAACGGGGCCGGGAGACAUGCUGUGAAAGUACAUUUUAGUCUGGAUGGCGGCGGCGCUCCAAUCAACAUUUUGCAUGAAGAAGUGAGAAGUCAAUUAACCAAUGAGAAGACAAUUUGACCACUAAUGGAUUCCCAGCCUCCUGACCCCGGACUAUGGACAUUUUAAAAAUAUUAUUCAACAAUUUAUUUCCAAAUGAUGUAUUUUAGUACAAAACAUGGAUCUUAUUCAAUUCAAGCUGGAUGAAAAAAAAGGACAGAAAAAAAUGUUUUUAAUAAUACAACACAAUUUAAUUCAAAUGAAUUAAAACUAAUUAGUUCCUCUGUUUAGAAUGUAUUAAUCAGCAUGCAUCAAAAUAUACUUUUUAACUGAUAUUACAGGAUAGAAAAGUGUACAUAAUUGUAUUCACAACUGCUUUCAGUAUUUUAAAUUCAAAUGGACAUCUUUUGUAAGACUUUUUAUCAUUUCAACCUUGUUAAGCAACUUUAUUUUACAAAAAAAAAAAUUCCCAUUA